AGCUAAGUUCAAAGACAUCUGUCCCGGUGGGAUGGGCUACACUGUUCUACCCAAUCCGCCUGUCAAUAAGCCAAUCACCAUCAACCAGGAGCCCAUUGAGAUUCCUCCUCAGCCCCUGCCCACCCAAGAGAGACCAGUGGAGGCCUUUGGGAAGCCAGAAGAGUUUAUACCAGUAGCAACAACUGCACCAGAGCAGGAGCCGCUAGUUCCUGUUAGCGAUAGGCCAGUAGUUGAGCCCAUCCUGCCCCAGCUGUCUCCGGGUGUUUCCACUGUCAAGAUGGAGGCAGCCUACCCAGAGGUUGUUGAGAGGAGCUCUCCGCCCGCCCCAGUGGAGAUCCUCCCGUCUAACGCCGGACAGGGCAUCGCUCCCACACAGUCCGCUG